AUGCCCCGAAAUAAAAAAGCGAAAGGACGCUCUCCGCGCGGCCCGGCCAGACAGCCUGGAUCCGGGUCUGCGACCAAGGGAUAUAAAGGUCCUAAUGCCAGUCAUGCAAAGACACCACCAUCACAGUCACAGUCGCAAUCACAAAAGGGAACCACUCCCAAAACUCAGCAGCAGCAUCAGAAUCAACGUCCGAUUGUCCCAUUUCUGCGCCGGGAUCGGAUUCUCUUGAUUGGGGAAGGAGAUUUCUCAUUCGCCCGCUCCCUGGCAACCCAGUACAGAUGCCGCAACCUCUGCGCAACAUGCUACGACUCCAAGGAGACACUGUACGGGAAAUAUCCACAGGCGAAGACAAAUAUCAAUGAUAUCCUCAAUGCUUCUCGGAGAAUCACUAGCUCUAGCUCUCGGAAUGAAGAAGAGCAGGGAGGCUCUAAUGAGACGCCCGCCCAGAACGACCAGAAGAAAGGCCCCAAGGUUCUUUUCGGCGUCGACGCCCGCAAACUAGGCUCCCCUACCGGCGGCGGGAAAGAUGUUCGCUCGGGGUUAUUCGCGCGCAAAGAGCGCAAGCGUCCUGCACAGAAAACUGCCCCCUCGCCUGGCGGGCCGUGGGAUGUGAUCUGCUUCAAUUUCCCGCAUGUGGGCGGCUUGUCGACGGAUGUGAAUCGGCAGGUGCGCGCGAAUCAGGAGUUGCUCGUUGCGUUCUUUAAAAGCUGUGUGCCGCUCUUGUCUAACGCGCCGGAGAAGGUUGAUGAGGAAGAUCCUGAUUUUGAGGAGGAUGAGGAUGAAGAUGGAGGUGAGUCGUCCGAAAGAGAGGAAGAAGAAGAUGAGCAGACCUCUGGAUUGGGCGUCCGGACUGGGCCGGGACAAAUCCUCGUUUCGUUGUUCGAGGCUGAGCCAUACACGCUGUGGAAUAUCAAGGAUCUGGCGCGACAUGCGGGAUUACAGGUUGUGACUAGUUUCAAGUUCCCCUGGUCUUCUUACGAGGGAUAUAGCCAUGCGCGGACGGUGGGCGAGAUCGAGGCGAAGAACCACGAGGGGAGAGGCGGAUGGAGAGGCGAGGAUAGGAAUGCGCGGAUGUACGUCUUUGAAGUGAAAAGGGAGGAACCGAAACACCCGGGUAAAGGGGGCAAGAAGCGGGCGAGGAAUGAGUUGGACAGUGACAGUGAUUGA